AUGCCCUUAUACAACCAACACGUUCAAUAUCUGAUCGUCAAUGCGGAUUCAGUAGCUGAAGUUCAUCAAGCUGCUGCAUAUGGGUUUGGUGUAAUGGGAAUGAAUGGUGGUCCUGUCUAUGCUCGUGCGUGUGCUGAAUCAUUGCCAGCAUUAUUUACAUUAGUUAGUGCGUCGGAUAGUCGUUCAGUUGAAAAUAAUACAGCAACAGAGAAUGCAAUAAGUGCAGUUACAAAAAUUUUGAAAUUUAAUAAUUCAUGUGUGGAUAAUAUCGAUAAACUUCAUCAUAUUUGGUUAUCUUGGCUUCCAAUCUAUGAAGAUACAGAAGAAACACCACAUGUUUAUGGAUAUCUAUGUGAUUUAAUUGAACAAAAUAAUCCAGUCAUUGUUGGUCAAGAUCAAUCAAACAUUCCAACUAUAAUUAAACUAUUUUGUGGUGCUUUUUCUAAAUCAUCUAUUGAAAUUAAUUCACUUGUGGGUCAACGAAUGAUUCUUAUAUUAAAACAUGUUCAAACAAUUCCAUCCAUAUUUCAAACAUGUAUCAAUGUUUUAACAAAUGAAGAACGUCAAGCAUUAACUAAUGCAUUAAAUUCAUCUGUAUCAACACUAACAAUAUCAUAA